GCUCUCUUCCAUUUGAAACAGAGCGGCGCUCGUGGAAGCAGCCUGUGAUUAGAUUGACCACUUUUGUCUCUUGUUGGUUUGAUAUUCACUUCACACACGAGUCUCAAGUAAUCGACUUGAAGUAUUUCCACACACACACACAAGGACUGUCGCGGUGACAGCAGCAGCACGUCUGAGGAGACACCGGAGAGAAUGUGAUUCAAGAAGCCUAAGUAUCUUACCCUUUCGAAAAAGUAAUAAUUUCCUUGUUUGAAAGAGAACAACCAAUUGACUAGCAUGGCCAAUGAGACAACAGUGCAACGUUCAUGUGUUCCGGAAAUUUCCGAGGUUGAUGAAAAUCUUGCUCCUGAGGUCGCCGCUUCAGCUGAGACUUCAUAUGUGGAUGGAUAUUCCUCUGUACAGCCAGGUGGAGAAAAUAACCCUCUUUCAGAGACCUGCACCUUUUCAACUCCAGCUCAUGGAAGUGGCAAAAACUCACAAUCUGCUCUGACACCAAUUUUAAAAUACUUAAACAUUGGAAAUAUACGGCCAUCUUCAGAGCCUUUAAAAUGUGAGAACAACCCUCGUCUCGGUCUACCCACAGUUACCAUGGUAAAUUGUCAAAAAUCAAACGGAGGGAUGAGCAAGCAUCCAACAAGUUGUAAGGACGCUCCGGUGUGCUGGCUUGAUGAGGAAAGAUUGCCAGAACUCACUUUACUUGAUGAUACAUGUGAUACCACGAUGGAAAUAACUAGAAAUGAAAAAAGUGAAAGUACUACUACUAUGAACAUGUUCUCUUCUCCACAUGGCUGUAUUGCAAGUACUAAAGAAAGCAAUUCUGACCUCCCUCCCAAACUGCCCAAACAUAAUUGGUCUGUAAUGCUAGAUGACAAAUAUUCAAAAGAAAUUACUCUCCUUGAUAUUACAUGUGAUUCAGACCAAUCACCAGGAGCAGAAAUCUCCUUUUUGAAAGUCAAAAAGGAGAUUUCACAAGUGAAUGUUGUUAAACACAGCAAGCCCUUAUCUGAGCUCAGUGGAGUCAUGGUGGCAGAGAGUCAAGGUGGAGGACUCUCCACUACUAUCACUGACAGUGUCGCCCAAAUGACAGAACCAUCAAAGAGUUUGGAGGAAAGCAUGAAAUCUUUGGAAGCAACUAGGGAUAUAUCUAUGUGUAGUGCUGGGGGAAACAAUACAUCAAAGCUCAGUGAGGUAGACCUGGUGAACGAUCAGCCAUUGCAUGAGGACACACUUGGACUUCAUCCUGCUAAUGUGACUCGAGACAUGAGCUCCUGUAGCGACGUGUCUGUUCAGUGUGCUGCUUCACGACAGUCCUCCACCUCUGAUACGCAGUGCAACACCAGUGUCAAACAGGCCACCUCUGAGCUUCAGGCAGAACCUGUGGACACGUCUGGUUCUGUGGAAGCUACCAACGAAGUGCUGCUUACCAGCCAUACGUUGAACGCUGAAGCACCACAACCAAGCCCAAAACUGGGUACAUCCAUGAACGACACAUUUACUGUCACACCGCUCUCCAAACUGAGCACCACCACUGAGUUAAAUACAACGGAUCAAAUGUCCAAGUGUCCUCACAACGACACUGUGGACUUUCCCCCAUCUCACAUUAGUGGUCCCAAAGCAGGAUGUGAGGCUACUGGUCAGGCUAGUGCUGAAGUGAAGAAGACUCCUGAAAUGUCCCUUGCUCUGAGUCAGAGUAGUUCAGAUGCAAAGGAAAGUGCUCGCUGUGAGGUGCAGAAUGCCACAUUUGAUACGCAUUCUCUUCAGAAAUCCAAUGACAUUAGUGUUUCAGGGGAAGCAGGUGCUGCAACCUUUUGCCUCCAGAACAACACGUUCGAUCGUAAACAGAAUGGCACAAUAACUUUAUCCGAGACAAGCUCAAGUGACAAUCACCAGAAUACUGUGGAUAUUCCUGCUCCUUUAAAAGUCUGUCCUUCAACCAUCGUUCAUGAAGACAAUCCCUCUGAGGCCAACCCUCCUGAAGUGUCACAACAAAACGUGUCAACAAUUACAGACUCUAAUACCAAGACUGUUCACAGCAUUGAGAGCACAUUUGAUACUAAUCCACCUGUAGAGGUAGCUCCUGAAACGGGGAGCCAGUCUGUGACUGCUUUGUCCGACACCAUGGACCAUCAAGGCAUAGAUGCAGAGAACAACAAAGCAAACACGUUCAACUUGGAUGACACAUUUGAUAUGAAGUCAGAUCCACUGGUUACUUCAACGCCAAUGAUCCACUGUAAAGUUUUCCACUUCAAUAAUGAAAAUAUGGAAAUCAAAACCAUCGGCGCACAGAAAAAGCUGUACAAGGAUGGAGUCAGUCAACCAGUUGCUCUGGUGCCGUCAGAUGUCCCAGCAAACAUUGUCUCUGACAGAAAGACAUUCUUGAUGCAACCUGCUGCUAAAUCCAUUCGGCCUCCUUUGAAAGCUGCGUCACAGCUGUUGAAAUACAAACCAGCCUCCACACUGCCAGGGAAGUGUGAGCCAUUCACCUCAAACCUGCCCAUGACAAGACAGAGAAUCCAAGUGGAAGCUUUCAAGAAUCCUGCAGCUUCUGAGGCAGCAAAGGGGACUACAGGAAUAUCCAGCUGCUACAGCUUACGCUCCACAACGACUGGAUCUAAGCAGCCUAGUUCUGCCUUACCAAGACCACAGUUGAGUGGCAAUCCAUCAGCCACCCAGAGAACUGCACCAGGUCUCAGACCGCCAUCAGCGAGAAGCAUCGCACCACCUUCUUCAAAUACUGAUCAAAUCCGUGGGCAAACAGCUGCUAACCCAAAGAAGCACCUCUUAACCAGAGGUGAAGCUGUGCCAAGUGCAAAGAGGAAGAAACUGGAUGCUCCUGUACCAUCCAGUGGUGCUGCCACAUCUGCCUAUGAUGCUGUAAACAGAGCCAGGAACCUCAAACAGCCUGUGCAGUCACAGAGAACUGUGCCAGCAAGAACCCAAAGUGACGUUGCUGCAGCGCCACUCAGUGCUGUGGAAACCUCAAAAUCUUGCAACACUAGUGGCAGCGCUGGAGCUCUGAAACAGUCUGCUCACAGCUACAGAGCUCAUCUCGCUAAACCCCAAGGCCAUGGUUGUGUUAAAUGUGUCGCGCUUGAAGAGCAACUGAAGAUAAAGUCGGAGGAAAUCCGAAGAUUGAAAGAAGAGUUGCUAAAGUACAGUAAAGAAGAGGAAAGCUGAACGCUCCAAUAAAGUCUCAAUGUGAUUUUAAUAACAUUUGUUGUGUAAAAUGUUGAGUCACAGACUCACUGUAAAUACUAAAUAUUAAAUAAUAUGCUGUUGUACUGAACUCUUUGAUAUGUUUACAGGAGAACUACACCAGAGUAUAGCAUCAGCGUUUGAACCUGUUAAAGUGAUUGAUAUUAUAUAUUAACUAAACCAUAGCAUCUGUUAACUACUUGUCACCUAAAUGAUACUGAACUAACUUGACAAAGUUUUGUUAUUAACCGUGAAGGAAGUGAUUUCACACUGCCACAGUAAACAUUAAAGUAUGUUAGCUUUGGAUAAAAGCGUCUGCUAAAUGACAAAACUAUGUGCAUGUAUCUUUGCUUUGUUUAUCAUUACACCCUUUUAA